AUGAAGUUUGCUUUAUUCGUCUUCGUCAACUUUUUCCUGAUUGUCACAAGUUUCGAAUUUUACGGCCAAGAAAAUUGGCAAAAAUCAUAUCGAGAAUUGUGUGAUCGAGAAGAAUUUGAGACCAGGAAUUUGUAUUGUCUUAAUCAAAUUCUUCUUCCGAAAUUUAUCAAUCGCAGAAUUGAGAUUCUCAGCUGGCAACCUGCUCUGCUCAGAUAUCAUGGAUUUUUUGACGAGCAGAAAGUCGAUCAUUUUUUGAAAAUUAUCAAUAAUAAAACACUUGUUUCUCAGGUUAGUCCACGAUUUUUCUCAGAAACUCUAAAAAUCAAACAUUUUUCAGGGGAUUACGCAAAAUGGUAAAACUAUACGUAAUGCAAAACGAGAAGCCAAUGGAUCUUGGAUAUAUUGGAAAGAUUAUCCAGACCUGAUAACAUCGAAAGAAUAUAUCGAAAAAUAUUUGCCGGAAUUCAACUUCACAGCAGCAGAACCAAUUUCAUCACUUUCAUAUCAUCCUGGCGGACAUUAUUAUCCACAUCAUGAUUAUCUUACUAGAAAAUCUGGUGAAGAUUGGUGGAUGGAUAAUAUGCGAAACCGUUUGGCCACACUAAUAUUCGUCUUUCAAAACGCUGAAUCUGGUGGUGGCACAGUUUUUCCAAAAAUUGGUUUGACUGUUCGCGCUGAACCUGGUGACGCAUUCUUAUGGUUUAGUAUGCGCGGAGAUGAAUCACUUGAAGAUCUUUCAUUACACGGUGGAUGUCCAGUUUAUUCGGGACGGAAAAUUAUUGCAACUAUUUGGAUUCGCGCGGUAAAUCAACCGAUUUUAUCAAAGAUUUUGGAUGGGAACAGAACUAUUUCAGCUGAUCUUAUUAUUUGA